CGCGCGGUGGGUAACUGACGCGCAGAGCUCACGACGGCCACGGCGCGCGUAGAGAGGCCUGGCUCCGCGUGGGGCCGAGCCGGCGCGAGGCCGCCGCCGGUGAGCCUGAGGCACGGGCCCCGCACGCAGGGCCCAGUCUGUUGGGCCGUGAGCGGCCGCGGCGUUGGCGGCGAGGCCUCCCAGAUGCCGUUUGGGGCUCUAAGGAGCGGAGCGCAGGCUGGGCCUGGGCCGCGGGCGGGGUAGGAGGCCGAGGGGCCUGCUCGCCCCGCGCGUGGAUGCGGCGGCGGCGGCGGCGAUGGACGCCCUAGAGGAAGAGAGCUUAGCGCUGUCCUUCUCUUCCGACUCCGAUGCAGAAUUUGAUGCUGUGGUUGGAUAUUUAGAGGACAUUAUCAUGGACGACGAGUUCCAGUUAUUACAGAGGAAUUUCAUGGACAAGUACUACCAGGAGUUUGAAGACACAGAAGAAAAUAAACUCACCUACACACCUAUUUUUAACGAAUAUAUUUCUUUGGUAGAAAAGUAUAUUGAAGAACAGCUGCUGGAGCGGAUUCCUGGAUUUAACAUGGCAGCAUUCACGACAACUUUGCAGCAUCAUAAAGAUGAGGUGGCUGGUGACAUAUUUGACAUGCUGCUCACAUUCACAGAUUUUCUGGCCUUUAAGGAAAUGUUUCUGGACUACAGAGCAGAAAAAGAAGGCCGGGCACUGGAUUUAAGCAGUGGUUUAGUGGUGACUUCAUUGUGCAAAUCAUCUCCCAUGCCAUCUUCCCAAAAUGACCUGCGGCACUAGGUCCCACCCGUGGGGGGGACUGGCAUCUUUCUGGACGUGGCCAGCCGAGCAGACUGGAGGAGGCUGGGGCUGUGUGAUGGAACACAUCUCAGGAAGGCUGGCUCCGGCCCACAACUCCUCACUGACGCUAAGUACUGACGAUGGGUCAGAACACAACCGUCUGACCCUCCUGGGCCCCCGCAGCACCUUAUGUUUGGGAAUUCUGGCACCCCUCCCCAAGCCCACCCAUCUCUCAGCCCUGAGUCGGGCUCCUGGGGCGCAGGUCUGGCCGGCGUCUCCCCGGGGCCCCUUCCCCAGCACAAAUGUUGGUAGGGCAGCAGCAUGUGGAAGAAGCCCCCCAUCUCCAGCCCUCUUUGGCUCCGUAUGUCCAUCAGACUUUCUGUGUGUUCACAGCUUCCUGCGUCCGUCCGUGUCAGUCCUGCAGCCUCGGCAGGGGGGGGGGGGGGGGGCGGGGGGUUACCAGUGUGGGAACAUGUCUCUAGGCUGUCCCUGCAGCCAGCUGCCCCCUGCCGCAGCUCGCUUCCCAGCUGGUGCUGGCUGUAGGAAUAAGCGAGAGCUGUCCCUCAGCUGAAGCCACAUGUGAAAAUCACUUCCUCGUCUUUCAUUCCGCGGUCCCUGCCUCACUGUCUUCUGCUGGUCCUGAUGUAGUCUGGUUCUAGAAUUCUUUUAAGCAUUCCUAAAAAACUAUUUUUAUAGAUGAGUACUCAGGCUAACCUAGUGGCUACAAUCUUGGAACUUCCAUGAUUACCCACUUAAAGAUCAAAGUAUUAUACACCGUGUGCUUUUUAGCUAUUAGUGCUGUGAAAGCAAAGACGCUUUCUACGUUGACGUUCCUAGUUGACUGGAUGUGUGUGUGCUUAUGCUGGGAGUAGGCUAAACGGGCUCCCUUUCUUACAGCAUGUUAAAUGUUCGUGCAGGUUUGCUCAAGCCCUUUCUGUGUAAAUCCGUUCGUUAGGUUUUCUCUUGGGGCAGGAGCUCUGUGCUCCUUCCCGCUGUCAGGAUCUCCCUGCCAAGGCCGUGGUGUGGCGCGCUGGGCUGGCUCAGCAUGAGGAGAGAGCAGACAGCUUUACUGGCAUAUGUACGCUUUGACUUAGCACAGUGUCUCAUAGAAAUUACCAGAAAACAUGGAUGUCACAUCUCUAGAAAGAAAAAACAUAGAAUUUCAAUUCUCAGUGUGUACCUUCCGUACAUCUUUUUUAAGUAAAAAUAGGACUAUACUGACUUCAGUCAGCUGUUCUGGUUUUGAAGUAUGAGCUGUAAACUGUUUUCUGUACUGAUGUGUGGCGCUUAUUAAAUACUUUUGUACCACGAGUAA